UCCUUUCUCCCCAGAUCCCCAAUCCCCAACUCCGCACACUCCACCUGAAACCCUAGCGCAGGCACACGACCUCCGUGUGCAGCGCGUCGCCGCCAUGGCGGGCCCUCUCCACUCCAGCUCCGGCCACAACGCCGCCGCCGGCGGCGGAGGCAAGACCAUCGAGGAGAUGUAUCAGAAGAAGACGCAGCUGGAGCACAUCCUGCUGCGCCCUGACACCUACAUCGGCUCGGUGGAGAAGCACACCCAGCCGCUCUGGGUCUUCGAGGACGGUGCCAUGGUGAACCGCUCGGUCACCUACGUCCCGGGACUCUACAAGAUCUUCGACGAGAUCCUCGUCAACGCCGCCGACAACAAGCAGCGGGAUCCCAAGAUGGACGCGCUCCGCGUCCAGAUCGACGUCGACGGCUGCUGCAUCUCCGUAUACAACAACGGCGACGGGAUCCCCGUCGAGAUCCACCAGGAGGAGCGCGUCUACGUGCCAGAAAUGAUUUUCGGCCACCUCCUCACCAGUAGCAACUACAACGACAACGAGAAGAAGACCACCGGCGGGAGGAACGGAUACGGCGCCAAACUCACUAACAUCUUCUCCACGGAGUUCGUCAUCGAGACCGCUGAUGGGCGUCGCCAGAAGAAGUAUAAGCAGGUUUUCUCUGAGAACAUGGGGAAGAAGUCAGAGCCCCAGAUUACCAAGUGCAAGCAGGGCGAGAACUGGACCAGGGUCACCUUCAAGCCUGAUCUUGCCAAGUUCAACAUGGCUCAUCUUGAAGAAGAUGUUGUAGCCCUCAUGAGGAAGAGAGUGGUUGAUAUGGCCGGCACGCUCGGCAAAACAGUGAAGGUCGAGUUGGAUGGCCAGAGGGUGCCCAUAAAGAGCUUCUCGGACUAUGUUAACCUGUAUAUGAAGAGUGCUAACUGCGACAGACCUGAUAACUUCAAAACGAUUUAUGAAAACAAUGAUCGGUGGGAAGUGUGUGUUUGUCAAAGUGAAGGGCAGUUUCAGCAGGUCAGCUUUGUCAACAGAAUUGCAACCAUAAGGGGUGGAACUCAUGUUGAUUAUAUCACCAACCAAAUUGCAAACCAUGUGAUGACUGUUGUGAACAAGAAAAACAAGAAUGCGAACAUGAAGCUGCACAAUGUGAAGAGCCAUUUGUGGGUCUUUGUUAAUGCACUAAUUGACAAUCCGGCCUUUGAUUCACAGACCAAGGAGACCUUGACCACUCGUCAGGGAAGCUUUGGGUCAAAGUUUGAGCUUUCUAUUGAUUUCCUCAAGAAAGUUGAGAAAUCCAGUAUAAUAGAGAAUGUCCUAUCCUGGGCUGAUUUCAAACUUAGCAAAGAAUUAAAGAAGACUGAUGGAAGCAAGAAGUCAAGAAUUUCUGGCAUUCCUAAGCUUGAGGAUGCAAAUGAAGCUGGUGGGAAGGACUCUGAGAAGUGCACCUUGAUCCUGACUGAAGGCGACUCUGCAAAAGCUCUUGCUAUGUCUGGCAUAGCUGUCGUAGGGAGAGAUUACUAUGGUGUAUUUCCUCUCAGGGGAAAACUGUUGAAUGUCAGAGAGGCAAACCACAAGCAGAUAAUGGAGAAUGCUGAAAUUCAGAACAUAAAGCAGAUCCUUGGUUUGCAGCAUGGAAAGCAGUAUGCAAGCGCCAAGGGUUUGAGAUAUGGCCAUCUCAUGAUAAUGACAGAUCAGGAUCAUGAUGGUUCCCAUAUCAAAGGGUUGUUGAUCAACUUCAUUCACUCAUUUUGGCCGUCUCUUCUUAAAGUUGAAUCUUUCUUGGUUGAGUUCGUCACUCCAAUUAUCAAGGCAACCAGAGGUAAAACUACAAUAUCAUUUUACACAAUGCCAGAGUAUGAAGAAUGGAGAACGAAUUUAGGAGCAAGUGCAAGUUCAUGGACUAUAAAAUACUACAAGGGGUUGGGAACAAGCACAGCCAAAGAAGGCCGGGAGUACUUUAAGGAUAUUACUGAUCACAAAAAGGAUUUUGUCUGGGAAGAUGACCAAGAUGGUAAUCAUAUUGAGUUAGCAUUCAGCAAGAAACGGAUUGCUGACAGGAAACUGUGGCUUACAAAUUUUCAGCCUGGAACGUAUAUUGACCAACAAGAGAAAAGAGUCAGGUAUAGUGAUUUCAUCAACAAAGAGCUGAUACUCUUCUCAAUGGCGGACCUGCAGCGAUCCAUACCUUCAAUGGUUGAUGGCCUUAAACCAGGUCAGAGGAAGAUUCUGUUUUGUUCAUUCAAGAGGAAUUUUGUUAAGGAAGCCAAGGUGGCUCAGUUCUCUGGUUAUGUGUCAGAACACUCAGCAUACCACCAUGGCGAGCAGAGUUUAGCAAGUACAAUUAUUGGAAUGGCUCAGAAUUUUGUUGGCAGCAAUAACAUCAACCUUAUGUUCCCUGGUGGUCAGUUUGGCACCAGAGCUCAGGGAGGCAAGGAUGCUGCGAGUCCUAGGUACAUCUUCACCAAGCUGUCCCAUAUCACACGUUCAAUUUUCCCGAAGGAUGAUGAUAUUCUACUUAAUUAUCUGAAUGAGGAUGGACAGUCAAUUGAACCCACCUGGUAUAUGCCAAUUCUUCCCAUGGUCUUGGUCAAUGGAAGUGAAGGAAUUGGAACUGGAUGGAGCACGUUUAUUCCAAACUACAAUCCAAGAGACAUUGUUGCUAACCUCAGGCGGUUACUGAAUGAAGAGUCUACUGUACCAAUGCAUCCAUGGUACAGGGGAUUCAAGGGGUCUAUAGAGAAGACAGUCAAUACAAAGGUAGUUGGUUCCACGUAUACCGUCACCGGAAUCAUUGAGGUUGUUGACAACAGUAGACUCAGGAUCACUGAACUGCCAAUCCGCCGUUGGACGGGGGAUUACAAAGAAUUUCUUGAAUCUUUAGGUCCAGAUAAGAACAAGGACAAAGUACCAUUCAUAGAGGUAGUUGACAACAGAAAACACCUUUGUGUUCAUAACUUUUGCACCAUCAUAUAUCAUAAACACUUUUCCUCAAUUCCAACUAUUUUACAGGACGUCACAGCGCAAGGUGAUAAUGAAGACAUUUACAUUGAGAUCCAGUUAAGUGAGGGAAAUAUGAAUAUAGCUAAGGAAGAAGGACUUGUGAAGAAGUUUAAGCUGACAACAACAAUUGGAACAUCAAACAUGCACCUGUUUGAUUCAAAUGGUAAAAUCCGGAAGUACGACACUCCUGAGCAAAUACUUGAGGAGUUCUUUCAAUUAAGGCUUGAAUUCUAUGUUAAGAGAAAGGAAGCAUUGUUGAAAAAUAUCAAGCUGGAGUUAAAGAAGCUUGAAAACAAAGUUAGGUUUAUCCGCUGUGUUGUUGAUAAUGAAAUUAUCGUUAACAACAGGAAAAGGGCAGAUCUAUUUUUGGAGCUCCGGCAGAAGAAUUUUGAUCCUUUCCCAAAGAAAAAAAAGAGGGCUGAACCAGCUGCUGCAGGUGCUUUAGAAGAGGAAAAUGAAGAGAAUCCUGAAGCUGAAGCAGCGGAGCCUAGUGACUAUGAGUAUCUCCUCGCAAUGCCAAUCGGUACCUUGACUUUGGAGAAGAUACAGGAGCUCAUUGCUGAGAAACAAAAAUUAGUCGAUGACGUUGAGGAACUGAAAAACACAUCGCCAAAAUCACUUUGGUUGAAAGAUCUUGAUGCUUUUGAGAAAGAACUGGAUCUGCUUGAUCAAAUGGAUCUAUCAGAGGAGGAGCAAAGGGAAAAGAGGAUAAAGGAUGGCAAAAAAGGGAGAUCAAAAGCUGCACCCAAGAAACAACAGAGGGGCAAAAAAGCAGGAUCAAAGGCUGCAGUUAAAAAGGAGAAAAGCGAUACAGAAGACGAUGAUGCGGCUGAACCAGUGGUCCCAAAGCGUGGAGGUCAACAGAAGAAAGCACCCAAGAAGGCUCCUGUGGAUGAAGAGGAAUUUGACAUACCUGCCCUAAAAGACCGUCUUGCUGAUUUUAAUAUCAAUGACUCCUCUCCGGAUUAUUCUGCUAUGGAAACUGAAAUAACAGAAGAGCAGAAUGAAAAACUAGCGACUAAGGGACCAAGCAAAAGAGGUGGUGGAAAGAAGGCUGUGUCGUCAUCCUUGGUGAUGAUACAAUCUGAUGAUGAGGAUGACGAUUUUACACUGGAGGAAGUCUCAGAGGUCCAAGCUCAGAAGAAAGGUAGAGGAAAGAAGCCCGCUGCUGCUGUUAAGCCGAAGGCUCCUGCCCCCAGGAAAAGGGCACCGGCUCAGGGCAAGGCAACGCAGAAGAAAAUAGAUGAGAUGCUCCAGGGCAUUGAGGAUAACAACACCAGUCCUGAGAAGAAGGUCCGGAAGAUGAGGCCCUCUCCCUUCAACAAGAAGAGUGGCUCAAUCUUACAGAGAGGUUCGACUGCUGCAAGCUCUGAAACUACUGCUGAAGCUUCACCACCCUCUGGCAGCUCUGCAGAGCCAGUUGGUGCAGCACAACCUAGAAGGACAGCCAGGGCCACCAAGAAGCCUGUCUAUGUUACUGAUAGUGAUCCCGAGGAUGAAGUUGUGGAGUUGACUGAUGAUUCUGACUUUGAUGUCGAUGGUGACUCUGACGAGUGAAGGUAGCUGUCAUUCGUGUGCUAUGUGCAACAGUAUCUAGUUUGUGUGUCGUUGCAUGUGCUACUUUGAUGAUGCAUUUCUUGUUCGUUGUAUGUGUUCAUUGUGUUCUGUGGACUGUUGUUGCCAAGAGGCAAGAGCCCAAGACAAUAACCUGGUUAACUGGUUUGUCUGUGUUAUUUUUGCAUACAAGUGUUCCUGUGGUAA